AAUUGUCAGAUGGCUAUACAUCAAACAUAUCACACUGUGUGAGCACUAGUGAUUGUCGAAUUACAAGGUUGAAAAGCCAUGAUUGCCAUGUUAUCUUGCAAAGAUUGCUUCCUGUUGCCCUACGUGGAUGUUUGAAAAAGGAUGUCAGCAAGGCUUUAAUUGAGCUUUGCUUGUUUUUAAGGAGUUAUUGGCAAAAAUAUUGAGAGUUGAUGUCUUAGAACAACUUGAGAAAGAUAUUGUUUUAAUUUUGUACAAGCUUGAGAAGAUAUUUCCACCAUGUUUUAUCGAUAUUAUGAUCCAUUUAUGCAUACACUUAUCACGUGAAGCAAUCCUUAUAGGACCGGUGCAAUACCGGUGGAUGUAUGCAUUUGAGAGGUACAUGCAUAUUCUUAAGGGCUAUGUGUGUAACAAAGCCCGUCCAGAAGGCUCUAUUGCUGAAGGUUACAUUGAUAAUGAGGCUCUUACCUUUUGCUCUAUGUACUUCAACGAAGGUGAGACAAAAUUUAAUAGACCAGAGUGGAAUUAUGAUGGGCCUAUUAAAACUACACAAGAUGGAAAUAUUUUUGUAAUUAAGCAAAAAGUACGUGGAAUAGGAGCUGCAGUUAAUGAUGUGUUGAAUUUAAAAGAUUUGAAGAAAGCUCGAUGGUAUGUGUUGAAUAAUUGUGAUAAAGUUCAACCGUAUGUGAGGCAAUACAUGGAUGAACUUGAGAGACAAGGUUUGAGGAAUGUUCAAGAGAGGCUAGAAUCAGAGUUCCAUACAUGGUUUCAAAAAUACGUCACAAAGCAACAACUUGAAGGGACUAUGGAUGCUUCCAAUCAACUUAUGAACCUAGCCCGAGGUCCUGAUAAUCGAGUGACACAUGGAUGAUCAACCCACAUAAUUAUGCAAAGAAGACAUGGAAAUGAUAUGUGUUGAUAUUGAUGGCAAAUUCCAUGAGGAGAAACUUGAAGAUGAUGAAGUCAAUGAUGAUAUGAUGAUAUGAGUCAAUGUUGAUAUUGAUAUUAACAUGAUACUUUUUCAUUGUUUCUAGUAGGCACAUCCAAGGGUAAGAGAGGACGUGGGAAGUCAUGAAGCCUCAAAUUGGCCAAGCUAAAAAAUCAAGGGGUGUGACUGCCUAUUCAGAUUUGCAAGGUUAGUGGACGAUCAUAUGCUGAAGUAUU